GGGAGACCUCAGUGUAUCCACCUGCACAAGCCGCUUCCCUGCACUACACACUUGAGCGCCGCUGCGCAAGGCUGAGCCCUGAUCUCCGCCACACUCAUCUACAGGAGCAACUCUUUUGUUUCCAGCCUCCUUCAGGGGAAGACACAGAAUCUGUUGAUGCGAUUUAGAGCUCACUUCAAGUUAAAGCGGCUGCGUCCGGUUAAUUUAAAUCCAAGCUUUGUUUGGCUCUGGGAUAAUCGUGCAGGAUCUGCGGCGGAUACACUGAUACUCCUGCGUGCGGACAGAGCAGCUCAAGGGAUCUGGGUGGAUGGUUUUUAAAUGUUCACCGGCUUUAUCACAAUAUUCACUGGACGCAACUAGAAGCUCCUGGACUCUCCUUCUUCCCAGUUAACAAACAGAGGGGCAAUGUUGUGGGACAAACUGUGCUGGCUGCUGGCCCUCCUGGCCUUGUCAUCCGGGGCGCUGCCCCCCUCUAACGAGCCCCUCUCUGCUCCAAGGAUCUUCCUGUCCUUCAAAGAGUUAAAGUCUACCGGCACAGCUCACCACUUCUCCUUUCUGCUGAACUCGACCGACUAUCGUAUCCUUCGCAUGGACGAGGACCACGACCGCAUGUAUGUGGGCAGCAAAGACUAUAUCCUCUCUCUGGAUCUGCACGACAUCAACAAGGAGCCACUCAUAAUCCACUGGCCCGUUGCCCCCCAGAGGAAGACUGAGUGUGUUUUGUCAGGGAAAGACACCAAUGGGGAAUGUGGAAACUUCAUCCGUCUGAUUGAGCCAUGGAACCGGACCCACCUGUAUGUGUGUGGGACAGGGGCGUACAACCCCAUCUGCACCUAUGUGGACCGAGGACGCAGGUCACAGGGGUCCCACUACCUACAGGCACCCCAAUCUGGAGGGAGAACAAGUCGGGCAGCAGACUACAGCACUACAUCAGAGCCCUUGGAGGCCAAGGAAUAUAUUUUCCGACUUGAACCUGGUAAAGUGGAUUCUGGGAAGGGAAAAUGUCCUUAUGACCCCAAACUUAACAGCGUCUCCGCUUUGAUCAAUGGAGAGCUCUAUGCAGGAGUCUACAUUGAUUUCAUGGGAACAGACUCUGCUAUCUUUCGUACGCUGGGGAAGCAGACAGCCAUGAGGACUGAUCAGUACAACUCCAGAUGGUUAAACGAUCCCACAUUCAUCCAUGCACACCUCAUCCCAGACAGUGCUGAGAAGAAUGAUGACAAGCUCUACUUUUUCUUCCGCGAGAAAGCCUCCGAGAUGGGCCAGAGUCCCAUGACCCAGUCCAGGAUAGGGCGGAUCUGCCUGAAUGACGACGGCGGGCACUGCUGUCUGGUCAACAAGUGGAGCACGUUUCUGAAGGCUCGACUCAUCUGCUCUGUGCCUGGGGCCGACGGCAUCGAGACACACUUUGAUGAACUAAGGGACGUCUACAUCCAGCCAACUCAAGACACCAAGAAUCCUGUCAUCUACGGAGUCUUCUCAGUUUCCGGAUCCGUCUUUAAAGGCUCGGCAGUGUGCGUUUACUCCAUGGCCGACAUCCGUAUGGUCUUCAAUGGGCCUUUUGCCCACAAGGAAGGGCCAAACUACCAGUGGGUGGCAUACACUGGGAAGAUUCCCUACCCACGACCUGGCACUUGUCCUGGAGGCACUUUCACCCCCAACAUGAAAUCCACAAAGGAUUACCCAGAUGAGGUUAUCAACUUCAUGAGAAACCACCCCACCAUGUACAAUCCUGUAUACCCGGUGCACAAGCGCCCCCUGGUGGUCAGAACCAACGUGGACUAUGAGUUCACCACAAUUGCCGUGGACCAAGUGACAGCUGCUGACGGGAGCUACGAGGUGCUCUUCCUGGGAACAGAUCGGGGGACGGUCCAGAAAGUAAUAGUCCUGCCUAGAGACGACUUGCAGACAGAGGAGCUGGUCUUAGAGGAAGUGGAGGUCUUCAAGGUUCCCACACCAAUUACCACCAUGAAGAUUUCAUCCAAACGGCAACAACUGUACGUAGGGUCAGUCUUGGGCGUGACCCACCUGGCUCUCCAUCGCUGUGAUGUGUACGGGGAGGCCUGCGCUGACUGCUGUCUGGCCAGAGACCCGUACUGCGCCUGGGACGGCAAAUCCUGCUCAAGAUACUCAGCCUCACAGAAGAGAUCUGACCCCUCUAGACGGAGCCGUCGACAGGAUGUAAAGUAUGGCAACCCAAUCCGCCAAUGCAGAGGUUAUAAUUCCAAUGCAAACAAGAAUACUCUGGAGGCAGUGCAGUAUGGGGUGGAGGGAAGCACUACAUUUCUGGAGUGCCAGGCCAGGUCUCCUCAUGUGUCUCUGAAGUGGCACCUGCAGAAGGAAAACAGCGACAGGAGGAAAGAGAUCCGCUCAGAGGGCCGCAUCCUGAAAACAGAACAGGGCCUCCUGAUCCGCUCGCUGCAGUCCUCUGAUAGCGGCAUCUACCAGUGCACGUCCACAGAGAAGAACUUCAAACACACGCUGGUCAAACUGCAGCUCGUGGUCCUUUCCAGCCGCACAGUCAACAACGUGUUGGUGGAGACGGGCAGCCCGGCCCUGCCUCCGCUCCAGUCCAGCGCCUGGACUCCGAGCGCCGGCCAGUAUAAGGACCUGCUGACCAUUCUGAGUCAGCCGGAGAUGGGCCUGAUCAACCAGUACUGCCAGGAUUACUGGCAGCUCGGAGAGGGCAACCUCGGGGACAACAAAGCCAAAAGCCUGAAGGAGCUGAAGGAACAGAAGAAGCCUCGCAACCGUCGGCAUCAUGAUGAGCAAACAACUCCAGCUGAGACAUGAGAAGCUUGACACACACCCCAUCAUCCUCAAACAUCCCCUCCUGUCUACCUGUUCACACAACCUCCUAAACACUGCAACCCUCCAUUUAGGGGAAUGACUCCAGUCAAAUGAUAGAAAAAUCUAAUUAUCGUAAUGGACAAGACAGACACUGCAACCAAAAGCAACAACAUCAAACAGUUUCUAUGUAACUGUUAAAAAAAGUACACAAUAUUUAUUGUAGGUUGUAAAAAGUAAUUCUUUGUACCUAUCUAGAAAACAUGUUUUUUGUGAAUAGGUAAAUCGUGCAAAUAUUGUUGUUAUUAUAAUAUUAUUGUUAGUGUUAUUUGUUUAUUACAAUGUGUUAUUAUGUUGAGAAUAUCUUUAUGUUUGGUGUUUUUGAGAAACAGCAACAAUAACCCAGGACAUUGGAAGUAUCCACACAUGGACAAGGACCGAUGGACAUGUGUUCAGAAACUGUUAUAGGCGACCAUGUUGGAUCACAUGACUGCUGGCAGUAUUCAGUGUCUAAGCUGGAGGUCGAGUCAGGAAGUCGCUCAAGCUUCCCUAAACUCCUUCACCAGAACUCUACUGUAUAUCGGACAGUGUUUUUUUGUUUGUUUUUUUGUUUGUUUUUUACUGCGAGAUACAAGCUUUUUGAUGAAAAGAUGAGGGCAUUUCAUGGGACAUUCAUGGAUAGAAGAAAUGCCCACAGACUGCAGCUGUGACAACUUGUCACGGUCAUACAGUCACAUGUGAAUGAAAAGCCUCUGUGACGUCUCUCUCCUUUUACCGAUGUGGUCCAGCCUGGCCUCGAGUAAUGAUGUUACAUCCCUCGUCCCAAAUUCUUCCAAAAUCAGUUGCUGCCAAGUGUUUGUUUUUGUUUAUAUGUGAAUAUCACAUCUCAAUGUUGUAUCCUUAACAAACGUGAUCUUUGUGAUAAGCUGUUUUAUUUGGGGGAAAGGGUCUUUUAACGACACAAAAGCUGAAAAUAUAACAUUGCCUUCUCUUUUCUCUCUUCAGAGAUAAGAAAUUCCAGCAGGCAGCUAUAUGUGAGUUUGUGACAGUUUGUGAUAAAAAACUAUUAGAGACAAAGCACCUUCUGUUGCCAAAUUGGUGAUCAUGAUAAACAGUAAAUACUUCACAUGUAUCUGUGGCAUAUUUUGCAGUAUAUUCAUAUAAGAGAGAGCAUGCAGUUUGUAUGCUCAAAGGAUUUUUUUUUAGCUCUAAAUGAAUCCAAAGUUUGCAUUCCUACCAGUUUUAUGCUAAAUAUUGGUUUCACAAAGUGAAUAUUGUGUUUGGCCACAUAAGCAGUCUAAACUUCAGUUAGAUUACAGUGACAAAUGUGUUGUUUUUCAGUGCUUGAGGACUGGCCUGUUUUAUUGGUGCUGUGUUAACUGUUAUCAGCUGGUUCACAACAGAGCUUUCAGUCUAGUGCAGUGCCAUCCUGCUAUCAACCAUGCCACAGACUUCAUAUAAAACUGUUUGUAACGAGGAGCUUCCAUACAGUAAAAAAAAAAAAAAAAAGGUAAAAAAAAAAGAAAAAGACAAAAAAAUGUCACAAGUACAACCACUAACAAGCUGAUCACCGCCCCAACCUGAAGAGAAACCUGUACCACAAUCUUCAGAAGGUGGCUUCUCAUUGUGCAUGGCAUGUACAGUGUAUGUAUAUGGUAUUUGUCUAAAAUGCUACGUUGCUGUGGAUGUCAGUGAAUGUCUUUCUCGUUGUGGGAAUAUGGAAAUACUAUCAGUGCAAGAAAGAUGUGCUCACACCUUUUUAAUGGUGUGAAAUACUGAAGGUACAGAAAGGUCAGAGUGUGAUUUUAAAUCCUCACUCUCUCUCGCUCUCUCUCCCUUUCUCUCUCUCUCUCUGUAUGUCUCUUAGUCUUUUUUUCUCUCUCCCCUCUCUCCUGUUUUCAGAAAUGUGCAAAAAUAAUUUGCAUAUAUUUCAAACAUGUGCAUCUAUUUUAUUUUCUCUGUCUGGCGGACUUUGCUCUGGGUCAUUGAGGUAAAGUAAUGUAUGAUAUAAUGCACAGUUGAUGUUAUUGUAAUGACUUGUAAAAAAAUUACUUCUAUCUUUUCUUCCUCAUCAAUGUUGCCGACUAAUAAAUUAAAGCUCUAUAUUUUAUAAUAACACACGUUCUCUUCUGUUUGACAAUGGUGGGCACACAGUCUGCAGGAUUUGUUGUGUCUAUGUAUUGUAAUGCAUCGAUUUCAGUGCUUGUUGUGUUGUGAUGCAUUCAGAUCCUUUACUUAGUAGUAAUACCACACUGUGAAGUACUCCAAGUACAAUCAUUCACACUAGUGUAGUACAAGUACUACACUAGUGUGAAUGAUUUACUGUUACAUAUUAGGGCUGUCACGAUAUCAGAUUUUCACUACACAAUUGUCAUGGCAAAAAGAACUUGCGAUAUAUUAUAAUAAUAAUAAUAACUAACAAUAAUGUAAAAAUCAUCUUUAACUUGGUGUAUUAUGCGUUUUGUUUUUUGUUUUUUUAAAUGAAUUGGACUCAAAUAUGGAUGAUGGAUGGAUGUAGAUAUACAGUUGUGUGAAAAAGUA